AUGACGGAGCUAAGCAAGCCUUGCUCAGAGACAAAGAAAUCCUGGAGGUCGAGGCUUUCAGCUCUGGUGCUACUCAGACGAAGGUUUAUCAAAGUGCAGAAGCCAGUGCAGCCAGUGCAGCAACUAUUACCGCAACCAUUAUCAAUCGCUCCAAACGAAUCUCAGUACGAGUUAGAAAAGGGAGUAAAAGAGAAGGGGGGGAAAAACCCCCUCUCACUUUCCGAUCUACCAAACGAGAUACUCCUCCUUAUAGCAGAGAGUCUUGAGUCUCCACUGCAUAUCUCUCGUCUCCUCCAGAUCAGCCGUCAUCUCACCAGCCUUCUCACUCCACUUCUCCACCAACAUGCCGUCCUAGAUAAAGAUAAAAUACCAGCGCUCCACUGGGCAGCAAGAAGGGGUCAUGUGGGUCUGGUCCGAACUCUGCUUCAGAAAGGCGUCAACGUAGACCUCACGGACCCCCAGCACCGCGGGUGGACAGCGCUCCACCUAGCAGCAGAGGAACAUGAGCCGGUUGUAAGGGUUCUUUUGGAAUGCGGAGCCAACGUUUCUUUCCGUGAUAGGUUCGAUGAGACGCCGCUAUACCGUGCUACGAGUAGACCGGAUAAUCUGGGAAUCGUUAAGAUGCUGCUAGAGGCCGGGGCAAACAUUCAUGAUCAGAACUUUCACGGCGAUGGGCCGUUGCAUCGAGCUGUGAGACACAAGGUCCUUUAUCCGGCGAUGGUUAAACUGUUGCUGGAUAUGGGCGCAGAUGUUUCUCUGAAAAAUGGGUUCGGAGAGACCGCGGUGCACAUGGCAGGAAAGAGUCCAGAUUCUAUAGAGUCGUUGAUAUUGUUACUAGAGAAGGGAGAUGCACUUGAUUGUACUGACAGCAAUGGGAAGACUGUGCUGCAUUAUGCGGUGGUCCGCAGGUCUCAUCAUCUCCUGUCGUCCAUGAGAUCAAGAGAUUUCAAAUUCAAUGUCAAUAUCCAGGAUAGAGACGGGAGAACACCACUUCAUCUCGCUACGAUGAAUGGGAAUAUGGAGUGGGUAGAGUUCUUGAUGAAAAGAGGCGCGGAUUCGCGGACUAAGGACUACCAAGGACAGACAGCCCUAGAUUACGAGAAAAACGGGAUCAAUUGA